AUGGCCCUUGCCGCGUCUCCUCCACCUGCAGUACUAUCAGAUCCGGCUCAUCAGGUUAUGAGCGAUGCACUCGACGAAGAGAUCGUACAAGUCAGAGCCGAAAUCCAAGCCCUUACCAAGCGUCGCAAACUGCUUGCCUCGUCUCUACUCUCGUCGACGGAAGUCCAAACUCGACUGUCCCAUUUUCGAGACACUGCCGACCCCAUCGCCACCUCCCCAGACCUCACCCCUCUUCUUGAGUCCGCCAAAACACACUCCCAAUACAACAUACACCGCCUUGCCUUCGGUGCGACAGCUUUCCCUUUUCACGACCCCAGUCCCGAGUUGCAGAGCAAGAACCCCCUGUUAGGAAUCCGCAUCGACAUAUGCGAUCGCACCGGCCGUUACGACGACCCUUACUAUCUGUUCUGUGUAAGGGCUGGAGAUCGUGGGACGCAAGACCUCCGCAUCCAUCGGCACACGAUCCCUGCGUUGGUACCGCUGCAGGACUAUGAGAAGACGUACUUGCCGCUUGCGGACGAGGGGUACGGAAGUUCAGAGGACUCUUUAGCGGUCGACGAUAACCCAGAAGUGAGGACACAGGAUCUGCAUGGGCUUGUGGAGCGAGUCCGACACGACCUGGUUUCGUGGAGACUGAGACAGGAAACGAUCGAGUUGCUGCGCGAGGAGCUUGAGAUACCGCCUGCACGACUCCCGUCCAGCGAGAGCCCCAGGAACGUGGACAUCGGGUCCGAAGCGGAAGACGGGGACAGCGACGACGAAGAUGACCAUGAGCAGAUUGGGAGGUUCGGUGUGCGAGAGGUAUCCUCCGUGAGCGUCGACGCCCGUCAAGUUCGAAUCGUCUGGGCCGAUGGACGUGUAGGUCGACUCAGGAUCUCAGAUCAAGGCAGCAUAGAAAAGGCCGUGGUCAUUGGCCGCGAUGACCGUGUACGAGACCAAGAGAGGAUAUUGACGGAUGGAAGUCCCAGGCUUCGCGAUCUGAUCAAGUGUUUGGAAAGGGUGGAAAGGCGUUCGUCACGGAGAGGGAAAUGA